CAUAUAAUAUUUUGUAAUAUUGAAACUUUUAUUAUACAGCGUAAUCGAAAAAUUAUAAUGCACAAAUAAAAUUUAUGUUACGGCAGCCAUAUUGUUUCCAAAACAUAAACGAAAAGCAAUGUUCUGUGCAAUUUUUUUAUUUGCAAUUCCUAUAAAAACAUAUAUGAGCAAUUAAUUUAAAGGAAAUAAAGUUCAUACUGAAAAGAAUGCGAUAAAAGAUUGUUUAUCGAUUAAUGAAAACCUCGGUACCAAACAAUUGAUACGUUGUUAUCGUGAAGAAAAUAAGUGAUCAUGAAAGAAAUGUUAACUAAUCAAACUAGUUCAGGAUAUAGCAAUUCCUAUGUUAAUAAUAAUGGAGAUACCAAUAGCAAUAAUACAGCUGACAGUAAUGCAAGGAAAUAUGCUGUGCUAAGCACAGAAUGGGUAUCUGCAAUUGGGGAAGAGCUAGGAAUGCAUCCUUUGCCAGAUUCUUUAUUGCGAAGACUUGCAGAGGAUGCUUCAUAUCGUCUUAGAGAAGUUCUACAUAAAUGUGUAACAAGGCUGAAACACAGCAAGAGGAAACGUUUAACAUCUACAGAUGUAAAUGCUGUAAUUACUAAUCUGUGUGAUGUAGAUCCAGUAUUAGGUGCACCAGAAUCAAUGCCAGAGUAUCAUACAGAAGCAAAGGUUUUUGUUCCUAAUGAACGUAUUGUUAAUUUAGUACAAAAAAUAAAUGAGCCGCUUAAUAUAUCACAGAGCAAUGUACCUUUUAUUCAAGAAUCAGAAAUAUGUGAUGUAAGACUCACAGAAGCACGUAAUAAUUAUGCAAAGAAAGCAUUGAAAACUUUAUUCAAUGGAUCCCAAAAAACUUUUCAGGUUUUAAUUAACGAUUGUGCUACCAAUGCAUAUUUGGGUGGUGAAGGAGUUAUAGAUAAAUUAAUGUCAAUUGCUAGGUCCAUGGUAAUUUCCAAUAAUGCACAGUAUACAAGAGUAUCUACAAGAACUUGUCAACUUAUCAUUGCUAUUGCAAGCAAUAGCGAAGCUGUCUACCCCUAUCAUUUAACUUCGGUGGACAAAUUGACUGAAUUGCUGUUAGAAUUACUUCUUGGACAAAGUUUUAUAAAUUCAAAUCUUGAAACGCUUUUUAAAGAAUGCGCAUUAAAACUAAUGCUUCGGUGGCCGUUUGUCGUUGAUAAAUAUAUUCCAACAUUAGAGAAUGUGCUUUUAAAAGAAGAAAAAGAAAAUACAGAUGGAAGUAAAAAAAAGGCAAUGGCUAUGGAAUUAAUAGCAAGCAUACAGCCAUUAAUAUUUUUCCAACACGAACCAGAAUCUCCACUUUCUGUUCAUACUGUUUUAAACUUUGCUCCACCUGGUUCUGCACUUUGGCAAAAGAUAGCCCUUUCUGUCUGUGCCCUUCUGAAAUCACAAGCACAUAUCUUAGACAUUGAAGUUUUUAUGGAACAUUAUGGAGAUUCUUUAUUACCUUAUCUACCUAUUCCUUAUAAAAGUACAAUGAACGAACAUAAAAAACCUAUUCCCCUUCCUAUUAUUAUUAAAAGUAAGAUAAAAUAUGUAAACGUUAGACCUGUAACAAGCAGCCGACUGAUAUGGGAUCGGCAAACAGCAUUUCCCGAUUCCACUUUACGAGGUCCUAGGCGAGAAAUAAGAUUCGCAUUUGCUGGCGGACGACCUGUACCUUCGAGUAAUUUAAAGCGAGUUAGUUUAAGAGCCAAUUAUCAAAUUUUAAGAAGCGAUCUACAAGCAACCCUUGCACUGGUCGCAUCGCGAAGAAUACUAAUGCUUAAAGAUAAAAAGAAAAGAACCUUCGAUACUUACAAUCUACUGUACGGUUAUUUAUAAAUUUGUAUCAUGGAACAAAUCUUUAAGGAUGCUCAUCUCGGUAUAUAAUGUAAACAUUUUUUUUACCUUUCAGACGAUUUUUAUGAAAACAAAAUUAUUUAAAAUAACUUCGUCUUAUUUCAAAACACAUAUAAAUAUAUUAAUUUUAAUAUUUCCUCGUUAAAGCGAGAAAACAGUACUCCGUAUUCGUAUAGUAUGUAUUUAUCCUUUGUUAUUUAAGAUCCUACUCACAGUAGCACGUUUGUUUAAUAGCUUCCGCUGUAAGUAUAAUAAGAAAUGUUUAUUAAAGCAAUAAUAAGAAAAAGACUGACACAGCGA